AUGGCGGAAUCCCCGCACGACUCGACCGGGGUCUCCGACAUCGCCCUCGAGCACGUUCGAACGCGAAGCGCGCCGAGCGCGAGCGACGUCGCGCGGUGCGUCACCGCGACGAAACUCACGCUCGAGGUUGAUUCAUUCGAACAUCGAUGGAGAGAUGUUUUAUCCGUCACCGAUCCGUUCCCGGGACUCGUGUCGAGCGGUGACGGACGCGAGUUGGACUUUACGACGUCGCGGGUGGUGAUGCGGAUGCGUCGGGCGUUCGCGCGCGCGUGGCAGAGCGAUGAAGAGACUGGGCGCGGGGUCCGCGCGCGCGGGCCGAGAGCGCUGUGUCGAGCGACGCGAAGCGCGGUGAGGCACUCGUUCGGCGAUGAAACGGAUGAGAGGACGAUGAAGCGAAUCGAGUGGUGGUGCACGCGGAGAUUGAGGGAAGAGUUGUUCGCGGUGAGCGAGAGUUUGGAUGAUUUAGAGGCGUUUUUUGAGGACGCGCGGGCAAUAGCGGCGAACGCGCGCGCGGAGGGUGUCGAACGGGAACUCGGAUUCGAGGGCAUCCAUGUCGACAGCUGGUCGUCGAUCGGAUUGUUCCUGAGGAGAUGUUGCUUGGGGUUUGAUCUUUUACCGUUCGAGGCGACGAUCGAGUUGUUGGAGUCCACACGAGCGUACGCCGACGCGUUCGCUCGGGCGUGCGAUGAAGAGGACGACUCGGGAGAGGAGGACGACCCAUCGCUGCUCGCGUGCGAGGCCCCGGACGCGCUCACUGCGCUCGCGGUGAGAGCGGUAGAAAAGUACGACACCCGAUCGGUCGAUGCCGAUUCGGUACUCCCGAGAGAUGCGCUGGAGACCUUGAGCGAGCUCGCACCUGAGCUCCCGACGUUGCACUAUCUCAAACACGCAGAGGCGCUGCGCAGGAGAGAUUACUCGAGCGCCAUCGAACACUUACAUCGUCAUUUCGACACGAGCGGCGAGCACGAUGAUUUACUAUCUGAACCAGGUCGAUCGAGAGUCAUCGGUGGAUUCGAGAGCGCCAACGCGGGGCGAGAGCGUUUACAAACGGCGCUCUUAGCGCUCGCUUCAAUGCAACUCGAAUUUUCGCACGUGGACGAAGCCAUGGUGGCAAUAUCGGAGGCGGUGCGAACGGCGCAGCAAAAUGGUGAUGAGGCAUCGCUAGCGCACGCAUUGGCAUUAACGACGGCGCUCCUGUCGCGAGCGCCCGUGGAAACGUCGGGAAGAGCGCUUCGUAGAGAUGCGCAACUGCCCACGCUGUUGCGGCGAUUAGCGGCGCAAGCCGCCGAUAUCGCCUCACCGCACCUGGUCGCGUACGCCUCCCUCGCGAUGAUAAAGCAUGCGAUUGACAAUCCGUCCAAUAGUUUAGAAUCAAAGUCCCGCAUGAUUGCGGACUCCAGGGCGCAUUCGACGCGGAGAGCAGACUCCAAUGUUUCCACGCCAGCAAUGGCGACGCAAAGUUUGGCGGAUGUUGAGUUGAUGAGGCACCUCUCGCAUCUGGUCGCCGCUGCUCCCGCGUCUAUUGCGGCUGUGACGAUGUCACGAGUCGCCGGUGGAAAUGUAGCGUCGAUGAGCGUCGGGAACGAUAUGUACCCGCCGCCAAAAGGCUUCCCGACAAUUCCUAUGAGCGCCUACACGACGAGCUCCACGGCGAUGGCGUUCAAGUCAUUGGCAGGAACCGCCUCCACGCUCGCUGCCGAGGGCUGGAACGUAUACGGAUGCAAACAAAUUGGUUCUAUGUACGCUACAAGGCAGAUAUACCACGAUCGCGACGCUACUGCUGACGAGACAGCAGCAAGUUGCGCGUCUCUCAUCGCUUCCACGAGCGAAUGCGAAGGCUUCGAAGCUGCAAGCGACAUCUGUGAACGUGUCGAGCGAAUGUUCGGGCCCCGGGGGUCGUCCAACAGGAUCACUGCCAUCGCAUUCUUCAGGCUGGAGUACGCGCGCGCCGUCGGCGUCGGAGACUACGCCGCGGCGCGCGAUGCGGCGCUUCGCAUGCGCGAUUUGGUAGACGACGCGGUGGGCGUGGGCGACGCGCUUCGUUUCGAGUCCGAGUGGUUACUGGCCGACUUGAAACGGUUGAUGGGCGAUUUCGACGAGGCACAGAAAGCAUUGGUUGCUAUCGUGGACGAAGCCAACGCGGUGAAGGAUGAACAUUCCGCCAUGCGCGCCGAGCUCACGCUCGCCGAGACGCACUUGAAUGCUGGCGCGCCGACGUCGGCGUUGAUGCGCGCGCUUCCUCUCGAGCUUCGAGCCGCCGAGCGUAGUCUCGAAAUGAUGCGUUCGCGAGCGUUCUGCAUUGUGUGCGAGUGCUGGCUCGCCCUGGGUUCGUCCCACGCCCAACUCGCUCGGGAUGCGUUGGACGUGCGAUUGCUCGAUUUGCUCGCGAGCGACGACUUGCGCGUCCAAGCCAGGGCGUACGUCAUCGCCGCGCGAUCGCUCAUCGAUACCGCGAGCGAUGAUGACGAGCUCACAUCUAUCGCGCCUCGCGUGAUAGACGCCCUCGAGCGAGCGAGUGAGCGCUACGAGCGCGUCGGCGCCCGCCGGUGCGCCGCCGACGCGCUCGCUCGUCUCGCCAGCUUCCAUCACGCGCGUCGUCUUUUCGACGCGCGAGACGCCGUCGCGUCGCGUGCGCGCAAUUUCGCUCGCACGAUUCCAUCGCACGUAUCCCGUCGCGUCUCACUCUAG